UCACUUCACAUAAAUCCUGCACUCAGAUCUCUAGUUUCUUCUUUUGGAUGCGUCUGUCUUUCUCUCUCUCCUCUCUUCUUGAAUGAUUGCUGAAGCUGAUUACUCAAAGGUUUGCGUUUUAGAUUUUUAUUAUGAGUUUAAUUACUCUAAUGGGUUCUGUUCUUAUUUGAAUUUUAUGGGUUUCAUGAGAAUUUUGAUUUAGAAUUGGUGUCUUUGUCUAAAUUGAGGAAUUGGGGUUUUCUGGGUUGAUGUUUGUUUCGUGAUUAUUAGUGGGUUUGUGGUAGAAUUCCGUAAUCCAGCAAGAGAUAGUUAUAAUAGUAGGUCUUGUGUCAGCUUGAAUGGUAUAAUGUUGAUGAAGGAGGCAAUAUUAUCUUUUAAUAUGUAAAAUAGGUCAAUGAUGUAUUGAUUUUAGGUUGUUUUGAAUACUAGCUUUAGUUCUAUUCAUCUUUGAUUGUUUUCUCAAUUAGUCACAUUUGGGGUUCUUUGGGCAAUCUUCUAAUCAGUUGGGUACUAAUUUGUAGGAAAUUAUACAGAAAUCACUGAACUAAGCUAGUAGUAUUAGUAUAGGUAUGGGGAGCAACUCCAAGACUAUAGUUUGGUUUAGAAGGGAUUUAAGGAUAGAAGACAAUCCUGCUUUGGCAGCAGCAGCUAGGGAUGGUAGUGUAUUGCCUGUUUUCAUAUGGUGUCCAAAGGAAGAAGCACAAUUCUUCCCUGGCCGAGUUUCGAGGUGGUGGAUGAAGGAAUCCUUAGCCCAUUUGGAUCAUUCAUUGAGGUCACUUGGUGCCGAACUGGUGUUUAUUAGGGCGGAGAGUACCCUUGAUGCCCUGUUGGAAUGCAUCUGUGCCACUGGCGCGACUAAGGUGGUGUUUAAUCGUCUUUAUGAUCCUGUUUCACUUGUUCGUGAUCAUAUCAUCAAACAAAAACUUGGAGAGCUAAACAUUUCUGUCUAUAGCUACAAUGGAGAUUUGUUGUACGAACCAUGGGAUGUGUGUGAUGAAAAAGGGAAUGCUUUUACAACGUUCGCUGCUUUCUGGGACAAGUGCCUGAACAUGCAGAUGGAACCCUCUACACUUCCUACUCCAUUUCGCCUUGUGCCAGCUACAGGAUCAUUUAAGAAGUUUUCAAUUGGGGAUUUGGGUCUUGAGAAUGAAUCAGAAAAACCGAGCAACGCUUUGCUAAGAAGAGCUUGGUCCCCAGGUUGGACCAAUGCUAACAAGGCACUUAUGGAGUUUGUGGAGCAGCAUCUGCUUGACUACCAACAAAGCAGGGUUACGGUUGGAGGAAGUUCAACAUCGCUGUUGUCCCCUUAUCUUCAUUUUGGGGAGUUGAGUGUAAGAAAAGUUUUCCAUAGCGUGCAGAUGAAGCAGAUGUUAUGGGCAAAUGAAGGGAACAUUCGUGGUUGUGAAAGUGUAACUAUGUUCCUUAGGGCCAUUGGAUUCAGAGAAUAUUCUCGAUACAUUUGUUUUAACUUCCCUUUCACCCAUGAAAGAUCCUUGCUGUGCAACCUCAAGUAUUUCCCUUGGAAUUCAGAUCAGGAGCGUUUCAAAGCUUGGAGACAGGGUCGAACUGGAUAUCCAAUGGUUGAUGCGGGAAUGAGAGAGCUUUGGGCAACUGGGUGGACUCACAACAGGAUGAGAGUGAUAGUUGCAAGUUUCUGUGUGAAAGUUCUUCUGCUUCAUUGGAGAUGGGGAAUGAAAUACUUUUGGGAUACUCUUCUUGAUGCCGAUUUGGAGUGUGAUAUAUUAGGUUGGCAGUAUAUCUCUGGGAGCUUGCCAGAUGGUCAUGAUCUUCAUCGUCUCGAUGACCCAGAGCUUCAAGGUUCUAAGUAUGAUCCAGAAGGGGAAUAUAUUCGGCAGUGGCUGCCGGAACUGGCAAGAUUGCCAACCGAGUGGAUUCAUCAUCCAUGGGAUGCACCUGUCUCAGUCCUAAAAGCUGCAGGAGUGGAGUUGGGAUCCAAUUAUCCAAAACCAAUCAUCGAGAUAGAAACGGCUAGAGAUAACCUAACCGAGGCUAUUUGUUUAAUGCAAGGGAAAGCCGGAGCUGAAGAAACAAAUUGUAUAAGUGAAGUCGUAGUCGAUAGCUCUGAAAAGGGAGGUAACACAGAAAGUGCAAGGUUUAAUAACCCUGAAAGUUUCAGGGAACCAUCUAUACCAGAGGUUGUCUUGAAUGGAAAACCUAGUUGCAUUACCGGAUCAUCUCGUGAUCAACGUGUCCCUUCGAUGCAACAUUUUAGCAACAAUCUUCUGCAAAAUGGGAAGAGGCCGAGAAUCUCGGUGGAAGAUAGAGCACCUGACCCUAAUGUGAACGCUUGCUAUGUCAAUACUGAAGCAUUAAGUGUACAAGAACAUGAAGCAGACUUGUGUUCUACAGCAGAAUCUUCAUCCGCUAAGAAGCAGGCAACGAGCAGUUUUUCCUUCUGUGUCCCACGUGCUUGUUCUGUAUCAUCGAAAGGAAAGGACUCGUUAGAUUGUGAAUCUUCUGAAGUGAAGCAACCAUGGAAAGAACAUGUAGAUGAGGAGUAGAAUGGAGAGAGCUUAGACAAUCUUAACAGCUGCAAGAACAGCAAUGGGAUAUUCUGUACAAAUAGCAAAGGAGAAACAGCGUUUGAGUCAGGAUGGUCAGUAAUAUUAUUCCCUCUCUACUGAAUACAUAAUGUGUUUUGUAGAUGGUUUUCUAAUUUUUUAUGUAAGAUAACAUAAUUAUAAACAGAACCAACUUGUGUCAUACAACUUAGCACUGUGAGUAUGACAUUAAUAAAAGGAAUUCGAAUUCUGUUGUUUUCUUGA